AUGGCUAUCAAAGGACUGGAUAAAACAGUGCAAGUGUAUAAUGAGCUUGAAGGUGUUGGUCGUUCAUGCUCGCUGGAACAAAGUUAUCAUUGA